CGCGGACAAACCAACCCCACCCAUCAAGUCUCAUGCAAGGUUUCAUCAUUCUGGGCGCCAGGCGAAUGAUUCGUCUCCAGCCAGCAUUGCCUGCAAGGGAGUAGCCGCUCUGAAAUGCAAUUGCAUCCUUCGUGCAGCUUUUGGCCCCCAACGAGUGAGGCACAGCAGCGCCAACCAUCAAAUGGCUGCCCGCACCGUCUUGCGCGCGCCCCCAAUCAUAAUAAUGCCCACUUGGCUCGCGCCGAUCCAGGUCCGAGAACAAUUGCUGUCAUUUUCUUCGGGGCUUCCUUGAAGCUCGCGGCCUAUGUAGCAGCAACAUGCACGGACGCGAAAGACGAGCAGACGAGUCAGAUGGCUCGGCGCAUCGGCGUCGAGCGAUGCAGCAGAUCGCCGUGGUAGGCAACAAGGCAUACCUCAACGGAGGUCGCGUGUCGGAGUAUAUUGACGGAGAGACACAAAACAGCAAUGGCGCAACAUCAUCAGAGCUUGCCUCAACCUUCUCACUGCCAUUGGACAAGUUGUGGAGCAACAGCACCAAAAACUCGCCCUAUGGCGACUACUCACCCAAUGCAGACUCACGACGUCCUCGCCCUAUACGUCUGAAGCAGGCGCUAUGGGGCGACCGCGCGGGAAAGAUGAUGUACCGCUGGGGCGGUGCCACUAGCUGGGGCAAGACCAUGGAUGAGGACGACGUGGUUCUCUUUAGGUUCGACCCCGAUCGACAGUCGGGGGACCAGUGGGACGAGGCAGACAAGACGCCCGAGGACGUCGACGGCAACACAUUCGUUGGCAACAGCAACGGCGCAUCAGCAUCGUGCAACGGGUUGGGAUUCUACGUUGGCGGCUUGGCGAGUAAUGCGUCGGAUUCGACCGUCUCGGCCAACUUUUCCACCCCAGGUGUCCUCAUGUACGACAUGGAAGACGGGACGUGGACCAACAGCACCACUGUCCCCCUCAACGAGCCGAACGGCCAUGUGUGGAGUAUGGAGGCGCAGUGCACGACGGCAUUCAACAACGCGGACCCCCUCUUGGUGGUGUUAGGUGGGAAGUCAGACUCAGGAUUCAUGUCCAUGAACUCGGUGUGGUUCUGGGACCCUGCAGAGAAGGAGUGGUAUAACCAGACCGCGACGGGGGAUGUGCCGUCUGAAAGGGAGUAUUUCUGCACUGCGGGUGCAGAGAGCAAGGGCGGCACCUACGAGAUCUUCGUCUACGGCGGACGAGACGCCGAUGGAGAGACUCUGGAUGAUAUCCAUGUUCUCUCGCUGCCGGCCUUUCACUGGUUCAAUACUAAUGUCAGCGCCCCAGCGAGGCUGCACCACGCGUGCGCUUCGGGCGGCAAUGGCCAGAUGCUCGCCGUCGGAGGCGUCGAGAAGGAGUGGGAAUGGGAGACCCCUGACCCCUGGCGGUGGUCAGUUGGCGUGCUCGACAUGAAGGAGCUCGAGUGGAAAGACGGCUACAAUGGUGACGCGGGUGAAUAUGAGGCUGCCGAUGCGGUGAGGCAGUGGUAUAGCGAUGGAAACCUUGAUAACGUCCAGUGGGACGACGAGACUGCCAAGUCACUUUUUGACAAAAGUAUCUCUGUCGACGUACCGAAAGAAACCCCGUCUACAUCAAGUGGAGAUGGCUCUUCCGAGGCUUCAGGGGAUGGUGGUUCGUCAUCCAACACAGGCGCCAUUGUGGGCGGCGUGAUAGGAGGCAUCGCUGCACUCGCUGUCCUCGGCGCAUUGCUGUGGUUCCUCAGACGCAGGAAGAAGAAGGGCACGCAGGCGGCCGAGCUCGUUGGCGACCAUGCACACGGUGCGCUUCCUCCCAAAAGCAUGUCCAGCUCUCCGGCAUCGGGGACCCGAACAGACAGCAACUCGGAACCCGUUUCGGAGAUGGCGACGGUGGGCCAUGAGAGGCUGGAGUUGCCCGAAGAAACGAGUGGAAGGGCAGAGUUGCCGACGGAUUUUAACCUGGGGGUUGACAGACACUUUACACUACAGAAGCCAUAGGCUUGGUCAGCCAAGGGCUAGAUCGAACAAUGGGAGCCCCUUGUAUAUACUUUUGAUGUUGAGCCGUGCUCGCCGUUGCGAGAAGGAGUUUGUCCGGGUGACUUGUCGUUGGGUCUAGGAGUCCAGUCUAUCAAGAUUAAGAUCAUCAGCC